GGGAUAUUAGAUUUCGAGCUGAGGUUUAAAGUUGUGUGACACGUUUAAAAUCUGACUGCCACUCUGCUUUCGACCACCAUAUUGCCUUCACACCAUACAUUAACUGUUAUUUAUUGUCGACUAAAUUUAUUAUUUUGUACUUGAACGGGACAAAUAUCACUAUGCAGAUAUACACUUCUGAAAAGCGUGGCUCCGAUACAACUGGAGACGGAACAGAAAAAGCUCCUCUAAAAACUAUUCUUCAGGCCAUCGCUAAGUUAGAUGGGAAAAUUGAUGCGGAUACGUGCAUCUGGGUUGAUGGUGUUGAAAACGAAAUGUGGGAUCCUGUAUCUAAAUCGAAACUAAAGAAGAUGAUCAAACAAUAUCAUAUUCAAGAAAGAAAACAUGAUAAGGUGCCAAAGGGAAAAGUUCCACCUGCUGAAAACGGUAAUCUUAGUGAAGCAGUGGAUGUUCAACUGACUUUGGACACAAAAUUACCUGAAGCAAAACAAUGUAAAAUUCGUGAUUUACAAACCUUAUACGAUCAACGUGUACGUGUGUACGGCUGGGUGCAUCGAAUACGUCGUCAGAGUAAAACUUUAAUGUUCAUUGUUCUUCGGGAUGGUACUGGGUUCUUGCAAUGUCUUUUUUCAAACAACCUGUGUUUAACUCAAGAUGCAAUCACGCUAUCACCAGAAUCUACUGUCGAAGUUUAUGGAGUGGUAAAACAAUUGCCAUCUGGUAAGUCAGCUCCUGGUGGCAUAGAAUUAGUUGCUGAUUGUUGGACGAUGAUUGGUAAAGCGCCAGCUGGUGGUAUCGACUCUGUAUUAACUGUGGAAAGUGAUAUAGACACUCAGUUGGACAACAGACAUUUGGUUAUUCGAGGAGAAAAUACAUCGAAAGUGCUCAGGCUCAUCAGCGUUGCUUUGGAAGCUUUCCGUGCACAUUACCUAGAUCGUGGUUAUGUGGAGGUUUUACCGCCGACAUUUGUUCAAACUCAAGUCGAAGGCAGUUCUACAUUGUUUUCUUUGAAUUACUUUGGUGAGAAUGCAUUCAUGUCUCAGUCGUCUCAGUUGUAUUUAGAAACAUGUAUACCUGCCGUAGGUGACUGCUACUGCAUAACCCGUAGCUAUCGAGCUGAAAAAAGUAGAACUCGACGCCAUUUAUCUGAGUAUAAUCACGUUGAAGCGGAAUGUCCAUUUAUUGAUUUGAACGGUUUAUUAGAACGGAUUGAAGAUUUAGUUGUUGAUGUUUGUGAUCGCAUCAUGAAAAAAUCCGGUGAUCUGUUAUUAGAUGUGAACCCAGUUAGUUUUACUCUUGAUAACACUGAUGAUAGUAAUUUUAUAUUAUGAGUUUUUGUUUUUAUUGUUCGCUUCAAAAUAAUUCUGUUUUUUCUUCAGUUUUCUAAUAUUAUAGAACUAGAUAUUUGCGGAGAUAGUUCAUUUCAAAGGUAAAUUACAUCACUGACUGGUGAAUACAACCUACAAAUUGAAUCAACCUUCACAAAACCCUUUUAACUAGAUGAUAAUAGUUGGCUUGCUGGUGACUAACUUGGAGAUAUUUCUGAAAUUCUAGUUCUAAGUCGUGACUGGUGGAGUUCAAACAAGUUGGGAGUAAAAGGAGUCAUCAAUAAUAAUUUUGGAUAGUCGUUGUACCCCAAACUGGAGGACACUGAAACUGUACUAUUAAAUGCUUCUACCCAGUGGUUCUAAUCGUUGAGCUUUUCUCGUGAUGGUGUUCUGAGUUCCGAAUACUGAGGAGUCCCAUACUGGGAUAAAACAUUUCUCAAUGGCGUCCCAACCGAGACUGUUCUGUAGCGAAUACAACCAACAAACUAAGCCAGUCUCCAUAAAACUCUUCCAACUAAGUUAGGAAAAAAUAAUUGAAAAUAUUUCAACUGUGUUCACACUUACAACCUACUAGGAGUAGGACGUUCAGACUACUUCAUCGUUUAAUUAUAUAACUAGUAUGUAUGUAAACUUGGUUGAGUUGAUGAGUAUUGCUGCAUUCUUAAAUUGGUACAUAUUAGUUUUUGGAUGUCCAUAACUCAUAAGCAAAUAUUCCAUGAUAUCAUUCUUCUCCUGUGAUUGAUUCAAAAUUAUACUUUUUUUGUCAUGAUUAUAGUUACACACUUUGCUUUUUCAUAUUUGGACAGAUUGUUUGUUUGAUAUCAUUUGAAAUACGAAUUUUUACAGUAAGUACCCGCGACCCCACCAAAGGUUGAAUCCACAAUAAUCAAUAAAUAAAUAAAUCAUGGCGAGAGCGUCAAGUUUAGACAUUAAGCGAGUGUGUGGUCAGUAUCACUAACUGACUGAAUUUGGAAACGUGCACUAUUAAGUGUGCCAGAUUAAAGACAUUGUUAGUUUUAUACAGCUUAAAUUGUUCAUACAUUGUUCAUGUUCACAAUGAUCAGAUUUACAUUUUCUUAUUUCGGUUGAUUCUCUUUUUCAGCAAUUUAAAAUACCUAAAAGUCCUUUUAAACGACUUAAGUACGAAGAUGCAAUUGUUCAUUUAAAUAAUUUAGGUAUUACAAAAGAAGAUCUUACACCUUUUCAAUAUGGUGAUGACAUUCCUGAGGCUCCUGAACGUCGACUUGUAGACACAAUUGGCGAACCAGUUCUGUUAACUAAUUUUCCUGCUGGAUUAAAAGUUUUCUAUAUGUUGCGAACUAAAGGUGAUCAACGUCUGACUGACUCGGUUGAUCUACUUGUCCCAGGCGUUGGUGAAUUAGUUGGUGGAUCAAUGCGUUUGGAUAAUAUUGAUGAUCUUCUCAAAGGAUAUCAGUUAGAGGGAAUAGAUCCAACUCCUUAUUACUGGUAUACAGAUCAGGUAGUUUGUUGAAUAUAAUGCGUUUAGUGUAUGAACAAAAUCCAUUUUUUGUAUCUCUUAACUAUAGUAUGUUGUCACUGUAUUCCCCUUGUUUAGUUUGUUGAUUAUUAGAGGAUAAACGAUAAUAUAUUUCGGUAUACUUUGCGUUAGAUUAUCGUGAUCAAUCAUCAGAAAAGUGUUGAAUCAAAGUUUCUAUUCUUUUUCCGUUCAAACAAUCGUGAACACUAUAUAGAACUUGACGCAAAUAUGAGUCAGCCCAAAUUGUCACACUUCACAUCAUCACAGUUAACAGGAUAGAAAUGAAAGAAGCUGAAAUCAUUGUAUCUUAGAACUUAGAAAACAUGCAAUGAAUUAAGAGAACGAUUGUAUAAAAUGAUUAAAGGUUUGAAGAAAAGUAAAGAACAAACACAUCUAAACCAUGUACCUUCUUCAUUGAUUGGUGACAUCUUUUGGCUAGGUUACCUUUAAUUUUCUUCUGAUUCACUCCUUAUACUAAUCGUCAUUUCAAUCCCAAUGGACUUGCCUGGUCGACAUAGCUUAAUCCCACAUUUGGGUCAAUAGAUAUGACUGUAAUAGAGCGUCGAUCAAUAUAUUUGUGUUGCAAAACCCGUAAUAGAUAUUUAAUCAUUACCGUUAACUAUCAGGUAAAUACCUGUAUGACUUUCUCAGGGUUUGCUACUCCCUAAAUAUAUAAUAUAUAAAAAACAUUUUAGAAACUGUUGUAGUCAAACUGUUUUAUUUAUGGUUUUCCCUAAAUGAUUUUAUAUACCCUUGUAAACUGUGAUGACCUUUGGUCUGAAUCAGAAUUAGUAUGGUCAACUCACAGUCUCUAUCUUAUAUGUCUAUUAAUGUUUGAUCACCUCUAGAAUUUACCUAUCCUAGUCAUAUCGCCGUCUAUGUUCUUUUUUCAACUUAGUUACUGCUUUCUCAUGUUCACUCAAAAGUAGUGAAUUAGCUUUAUCAAAGAUGGGUGCUUCCUCCAGAGAUAUUACGGUGAAAAUUAGCCGUUUAGUGUUUCAUAACGUUAUACUUCCAAAUAUUUAUUUUGUAUGUAAAAUGCUUUAUAGCGUUUACUGUCAUUAACAUUUUGUUUGUUUGUAUUUCUCACCUUUAGCGCAAAUUUGGAACUUGUUCACAUGGUGGCUAUGGAUUAGGUUUUGAACGAUUUUGUACUUGGCUUUUAGGCAAAGAUCAUAUACGAGAUGUUUGCCUAUAUCCUCGUUUCAUGGGUCGAUGUCGACCAUGAGUAAUAGUUUCACCAUAACUCUAUCUUAGUAUGGAUGUACUCUGUUUUUGUUCUUACAUAAUCAGUACGAAAUUUUUUCAUAUACAUAAAUAUUUGUCAACACCUUCAAUGUUCGAUAAGAUAAUUCACGGUUUGUUGCAUUUUUUUUCCCAACGAAUGAUAAAUAUAUAUCAUACCAUUACUGAGGUUUAACUUGACAAUUUCAAAUAUAUUGAGCAUCUGAAUGAAUUUUUUAUUCUUAUGAAAGUGAUAAUAUAUUUAUAAUCUCUGAAUGAGUAGAAGAUUGAAUUUCAUAAGUUUUAGGGCUCAGUGUAUGUCACUUCUUCUCUGUAUUAAUUAGUCCUUAAUAGUAGUCAAUGCGUACCAUUAAUGAUUGAGAUUGUCAAAAAAUAACAGAAAUGCCUAUUGCAGUUAUUUUGUGAGAAUGCGCUGAUGUGAUUUUUUUAAACGUUUUCCAACGCAUGAUGUUUGUAACAUCAAGGAAAUUGAUUCUCAUUUUGAUAUUCGAGCUUUUUCAUUGUUUAAGGGUAAAUAACAACAAAUAUGUGUUUAA